AUGAUUGCGCCUCUGACUAACAGCACGGGGACCGCCUUCUGGAUGGUCUACCAUGUCUUCUCUGAACCCAUUGUGCUUGAGGAGUGCCGAGCAGAAGCAGAAAAGCUUGUGCAACUUGAUGACAACGGCGUCCAGACUAUCGACCUGGCUAAGAUCAGAUCUUCAUGCCCUGUUCUUUUCUCGACAUGGCAGGAGAUUCUGUGA